GGCAUGGCGAUGUCCCGCUGGCUCUGUGGGUUCUGUUGGCUGUGGAGUCGGGACAGUGCUGUGGGACACCCCCGUGGGGGAAUCAAAGGCGAAACCCAGCGCGGGGGAGUUGUCGUUGGGGUUGUAGAUGGCCUCCAGGUCUCCAGUCUCGUCGACGAAGCGCACUCGACUGGGGUACUUGACCCACUGCUGGUGUUCAGAAGCGGAAAACUCAUUCGAAUGGUGUUUGAAUCGCGUGUUGUCACACGGGAUGCACGUCUCUGCGAGCGCGAUGCACCUGUCGCAUGAUGCAUCUGCGUCGUGGCUUCCAGC